AUGGAGCCUCGAGAGCCCUGGUGGGAAGCAGUGCAACGCACACCGAACCUUCUUCAGGCGACAUUCUUGACAUGCACCUCUCCGGCGAAAGGGCCGUUUUACGGCCCUAACAGGAGCUUCGCCUUUAUCUCAGCCAAAACAGCAAAUGAUGGCUACAACACCAAGUGGUGCAAAAGUCCUUCAACGACUGCUAUGAUUGUUCAAGACGCACGCUACUCUACUAGGGCCGUACCAGUACGAGUCGGCGGCAAGCGAUAUAGCAGGGCCGACAUCACGGAAGUUCCGGACGAAUCAAUCAUGUCAAUCGAUUGA